AGUUGUUCCACUCCCAUUUGGCCUAUUCUAUCUCUGUUCAUUGUCCAUUUGAUUUUCUUUCGCAAAUAUGGAGCCGGCUUCGAUCCUCACAAUCGUUGUGACCAGCCUGUCCGUUGUGGUCAAGACUUCACUGGCCCUAAAAGAACUGUCGCAAAAAUAUCGGAGCGUCGGGCAGGAAGUCACUCUGAUCAUCGUCCGAUUAAACACCAUCGAGGCCAUCGUGUCGCAAAUUGGGUCAUGGCUACAAAAAGAAGAACCAGUACAAGAACAAGUAGCUGCGGAUGUCCAGAUGGCUGUGGCAGCAUGUGAAUUUGUGGUCGGCGAGAUCUACAACCAUGUGGAACGCGUGCGUGAAGGUUGGUUUGGAGGGAAAAUUAGGCACAUGUGGAACGAGGAACAAUUGCUUCAGUACCAACGCAGCCUUGACAGUCAGAUCUCCGCGCUUGGUGUUUUGCUGAAUAUAGCAGUGUUGUAAGCAUUCCCUGUAUGUCAGUCAGUGAAGCUUCGUUCUAACAUCUCGUUAGAAAGUCCCAAACCGAGCAUCGCAAACUUCUCCAGGACUCUCAGAAUUCGUACACUACCUUGCCUCAAUCUCUCCAGGA